CGAACACCUGGGGCUCACUGGACAUCCUGCUCCAAAACUUGCUUGUUGUGCGCCAUCCAUCAGGAAUUUUGCAUACCCAUAACAAACAUCGGAUGCUGUCGAAGGGUCGGUGGUAAACACUGGCUACGUCAACACGCAACAUUCCCACUGUCAGUUCGUGCGCCCUCGUACCACCCCCUUCGCCAACCAGCCAAUGUGUGGCCGUUCCGCAGCGCCCGGCGCAGAGGCCUCCCUGGCCGUGACACCUGAAACCACCCUCUCACACUCGCAUUCCUCCGAUAGCGAUGCGGCAAAGGCAUCACAGUCGUUGCAAGCCUUCGUCCCCGCUUCCACCCUUUGCACCUCUGCGUUCGACCUGGUGAUGUCCGCCGGCCUGCCGCUGACGAUCGUGCAUCACUCGCUGCGGGUCUACCUGCUUGCGAAUUGGUUGGCCCAGCGCGAGAAGAGUGAGUGGGCAGACAGUGAUCUCUUGUUCGUGGCAUGCAUAUGCCAUGAUAUUGGUGCCGCCCAGGCGCACAAUGGCCCACAGCGAUUCGAGGUCGAGGGCGCCGAUGCUGCCGCGGACUUCCUACGCAGGCAGUCGAGGUCGGAAGCAGAGGCGCACGAAGUCUGGACGGCGAUCGCUCUACAUACGUCGCCUGGCAUAGCAGAACGCAUCACACCAUUGGCUAGGCUGGUCAGGUUGGGCGUCCUGAUUGAUUUCCGUCCGGCAACCCGGGCGGCCUUGGAUGCAGUGGCAUAUGCAGAAACCCUCGAGGCCAAACUUCCACGGCUGGAGAUUGAGAAGAUCUUGGGGGACGCUGUCGUUCAACAAGCUGUUCAGAAUCCAGCAAAGGCCCCCGCAGCUUCAUGGCCGAACAACCUUUACAAAUCAUAUCUCGAAAACCCCGGGUGGACAGGUGUCAAUCGAGGCUUUUGAAGAGCAUUAAAUAUUCUAGGUAUACUCUCGAAAUAAAAGUACUGUUGAGAAGCU